GUCAACAAAAAGUCACAAAGAAGACCUUGAACCAUCAUUUGCAGGCUUAACGUCAAAAGGAAGGGACAUAUUAUUUCACAUUCAAAUCGAUUUUCACUAUGAUUGUCUGUAAAUGUUUAGCGAUUACACUUGUUUUCUUUUUCCUUAACGAAGUAUCAUGUUUAGAAGAGGUUUCACAGAUCGGAAGACGUGCAGAAACACCGCUGGAAAUCGAAGUUGUCACCGUGGCCGAUUAUAGCGUGUUCAAUAAAUGGUAUGAGCUGUUGGACCCAUCACUUCCUGAGGCAAAAAAGAUAGAAAUUGCAAAACAAAAUCUUACUACAUGGCUCGGAACAAUGGUCCAUACAGCAAACAUAGUGUAUAAACGACUGGAGGCCCAUGGACUUUAUAUUUCCAUAAAGAUUGUAGACCUACUCAUCAUGACUACUGAGGCAGAUUCCGCUUGGACAGAGACUACAAAGUUCAAGGUCAACGACACGUACUUCAUUGACCCAGAUGUUGUCCAUUCACUCUUCAAUCCAAAGUCAAUAGAAUUACAGAAAACCAUACCACAUGAUCAUGCCAUGUUAUUUACAAGAUAUACUAUGAUUCACGGAAAAAAUGGUACCAAGAAAAUUGCAGGUAACGCAUAUCUCGGUGCUGAGUGUAAGCCAAAAAGCCAGUCAAUUGUUGAGGAUAGUGAGGAAAUGUAUACAGCUCAAACAAUUGCACAUGAACUAGGUCACAG